GGUGUCAGCUGUGUUUACAUGUUACUUCCGUGCAUGUGCUCAUUCUGGUCUCUCUCAUCCAGCUCAACAUGAUCAAUCUUCUCUCCUGCUGAGCAUUAAGGGAGAUGAAAUUAGAGAAGCCAGCUGGUCAACAGUUCCACAAGUGAAUUGCAUCAUGGAGGAGGAACUACUGGCUCUCAGAUGGAACAAUCACUUGUCUACCUUUGCAGCAUUACUCUCAGACCUGCGUAAUGAGGAAACAUAUUCAGAUGUGACUAUUGCCUGUGGUGGGAGCCUCUAUCCCGCUCACAAGUUUGUGUUAUCAGCAUGUAGUGAAUAUCUGCGUGCCAUGCUGUGUGCCCACCCAAACAAACAUCCCAUCCUCUACCUCAAAGAUGUACCGAAGGAGGACUUGGAGGCCAUCUUGGACUACAUGUAUGCAGGGACAGUGAGAGUGGCUCACUCUGGCUUGGCUUCUCUCCUGCGUACUGCUGAAGGAUUGCAAGUAAAAGGUUUAAUCCUCACUGAACAGUUCAGUGGACAUGUAAAUAAGCUGUCACAGUCCAGUACAAAGAGGAAACUCGAGGAAGAUGACAACAAGCAGCUGCAUCCUAGCACUUCUUACAAACAUCCACGAAAAGUCACAAACAGAACAGUGCCGCCAACACCUGCGACCUGUGUCACUCCUUCCUCGAGUGCCACAACACCAGCUCCACCAUCCUCAGAACUGCCCGAGCUGAUGAGGUCAUCAGCCAGACUGUACAAGCAAGAGUACAUUGGUAUAUGGGAUGAGAAGAGUAACCAAGAAUUAGAGGCUGGUGACUCUGGCUGUAUAGGAGAGUCAAUUUGUUACUCUGAAAAUGACAAACAGAAUGAGGGUCAAGUUGACACUCUUAAGAUAAAAGAAGAAUCACAAGAUCCCGAGGACUCAAACAGCCAAGAAGCCAAAGAUGAGAACAACAGUGAGGACCAAGAGGUGGAUAUUAAAGAUGAGGUACUGGAUUGGAAGGAGGAGGAGGAGGAGGAGGAGGAGGAGAAGGCAGCCAAUGAAAGAGAUGUUAAUAAAGAUGAGGAAGAAGAAGGUUUUGAAGGAUUUGAAGAAACAGAAAAGGAUGAAAAUGAGGAUGAGGAUGAGGAUGAACCGCCAGAAAGUGGGGACGUGAAGGAUGUUAAGCCGAAGGAAGAUUUAUCUCCUCACACUCAGUCGUCAAAGGAUCCAAAUCUUGCAAGCUUCUUGGAGGUGAUGUGCACCGAGAACGACGUAGCAAAAGAGAUAAAAGAAGAAUCGGGAGACACCAGUUACGGGGAUUCAUCAGUGGUGCCAAACGGACAGAGAGAAGGAUCAUCACGAGCCCUGAGUCAGCAGUGUCCAUUUUGCCUGAAGCUGCUGACGACCCGGUCCAACCUUCAGCGUCACAUUGCCACCCAUCACCAGCGACAGUCUUUCACAUGUGGAACGUGUGGGAAAACAUUUACUCGCAAGGAUCGUCUGACUGAACACGAGAAGCUUCACACUGGAGAAGCGCCGUACACUUGUGAGGAAUGUGGCAAGAGUUUUUCAAGACGAGAUAACCUGAACGUGCACCGACGCACCCACACAGGUGAGCGGCCAUUUUCGUGUGAUGUAUGUGGUAAGACAUUUUCUCGUAAGGAAUACAUCAGUGAACACAUGGCUGUUCACUCGGACCAUAAACGGUUCUCAUGCAGAUGGUGCAGUAAAGAAUUUAAACACAAACAGAGCUUGAGGCACCACAUGAAAAGUGCCCACGACUCUGUCAAGGUGAGUGAGCCCCAGAGUGUGCCACUCAUUAUGCAAAUAAAUUACACUGAUGAAAGUGUAUAAGGUACGUAUUGGAAAUAUUGAAAGAUUUUGUUGCCAUUUAUCAAGUUUUGUUACUGGUUAUGCAAGAAUUUUUAUCAGAAUUAAGCAAUCAAAAUAUUUACCUGUGAUAAUUAACAAAGUAUAACUGUUAUUAGAGCCUUACUAGAUUGAUUUUUUUUUUUUAGCAAGAGUUUUAAACUAAUUGGCUGUGCACUUGUUCUUUGUGCAACAUUGUUCUGUAAGAUGUUCACUGAGAUUUCUCUUGUUAUCUGAUACAAGUCAAGAGACUGAAAAUGUUCUUGCCACAUUUCUUUGCAUUUUAACCCUUUUGCUGGUCACUUGUGUAGUCUAAAUCUCACCUGUUAGGCAGGCCAAUGAUGCUGCAUGCAUCAUCCAAAAUGCAUAGAUUUUUCAUUGAAUUUAUUUUUGUUUACCAUUUACAGGUAAAAUUAUCUGACUAAGUGAUAAAAGAACAAAAUACUCUAUAUAAAUGAUAUGGGAUGGCUGAAAAUCAAUGUGGAAAGAUAAUAUCUUAUGCGGCAGUUCCCCGUGGUAGUGGUCUAACUAGUGUGACCGCUCAGGGUCAAGAGAAACAUCUUGCACCCCACGGCUGAUGUAGUGACACAAUUAGUGUCUUCGGCUGGCAAAAGGGUUAAAGUCUUUACUCCAUAACUUGUGACCUGAAUAUAACAAUCUGAAAAUAGAAAGUUUCUCUUUGCUGAUUUAUGAAUUUAUAAUUGAAGUUUUCCAAUAAAAUUUAUAAUUUAUAGAAAUGUUAAUGACAAUACAACCUGAUGACACUGUUAGGGUAAUCCUCUCUUGUGUUAGUAGUGAUGGUACAACUGUGGUGUUAAAUGUUAAAAGUUACAUUUCACUGUUGGAGUGAAACCAUUCUUUGUGUGGGAUUAUCAGUACAGUACUUGUAAUAUUCAUGAGUAACAUCUGCUAUCACUGACAGUAUCAAGUUAGAAAUUAUCACAGAUGCUAAGGAUUCUGUGAUGAUUUUAAUUAUAACCUAACACUGGUAAACUGCAGAAUUUUUUCUUUAAAUAGUCAAGUAAAUUAAACUAAAAACAGUAUACCGGUAUUGUUAAAGAAUUUUGCUGAUCUUAAUUCAUGUAAUUUUUUACCUAUUUAUUUGCAAUUGUUUAAUAAGUUUGUUAUUAUGAUAAAACAUUGUUGGUGUAGCCUGACAGGUGAACCAUCAAGCAAUAACAUCACUUAUUGUGCCAACUUAUUUACCUUUAUAUUAAUGACCUUCAUUAUGGUUUCAUGUAACCAGAACUCUUAUAAUGGCCUCUUUUAUCCUUUCCAUAAUUGUACUUUAGAAUUUAUGAACUCUUCAUCAAAGGGGACUUAGAAAUUGUAUGACUUGAGUAGUUUAUUUCUACAGUCUAUCCUUCCUUACAUGCCUCAUUUAUCCCUUUGUUAAGUAUAAAUUCCAAACAAGUGAAGAUCUUCUGGAGCUGAUAUACUGUACGUUUGUUAUACUGUAUAGGUUAUUAUAUACUUAUUGGGUCAUGGCACGAACACUUCCUCUAUUAUUUGCAGCAAUCUUCUUCCUGUCUUGCUAACAAAAGAAGGUAUUGUUCUGUCCAGGAAUAUGAAGCUGCCUCACUCUUCAAAAAAUACUUGUAUAGAAAGUAUAAAACCCACUAGCAAUGCCAAAUCUUUAUGUAUUUUACUUGACAUAUCUAUGUAAUUGGAAUUAUCAGCAUGUGCAGUCAUUAAUGUCAAUGUUUAUGGUGUCUCUUGGAUGAUGGGUCAAUGUUGCUGUCAUCUGUGUAAGUAUCUUAAGUUCUUGUUUAUAUUCUCCCACUCUAAAAUGUAUGUAGUGGUGGGAUGCUGUCAUUCUGUGUUGGUCUUCAUGUGAUGAGUUAUGUUGCACACACUGAUCCUUCACCAAACUUGACCUGGUAGUUGCUCUUGGGGAUACACAAUUACCUUCUCACUUAAGGUAGAUGAGGUUAGGAUCUCUGUGACAACAUCUCUCCAACUCUCAAGACCACAGGGAAGAACUACAAAAUAUCCAAUGUAGGAUUGAUGGAAGUUACUGGGCAGAUUAUCUUGUGGUAGUUAUUAACAGAUUCAUAGGAGAAUUACAUUGAUGGAAAUAUAGACCUGAACAUAAUGUAAGAUUUUUUUCUUCUUUGUUAUCUUGUGCCCUGGUUAUUGUGUUUGGUGGUGGCUGUGUUGGCAGUACUUUUCUUGAUGUGUAUUUUGUACAAACUCAUUCUGUCAUAUAGUAAGUCCUCUGUUAAUUUUUUUAUACCUGAUUGCUUUUAUAAUUUGUGGGUUUUACAGCAGAUGAAAUUGUAUUACUUAUAAAUAUUCAUUUCAAUAGAGGAAAUUGAUUUCCAAAAUCUCUAGUGGACUCUUAAUUGCCAUUGAAAGAAAGUUGAGGAUUGUUAGCACAAAUAUAAUACAGACUUAGCUAAAAUAUCUCACAUAACAUUUUUGGCAAAAUGUUUUAAUCAACAAAUUUUAUUGGUCAUAUUGUUGUGAGAAGAGCCACACCUGUGUCUCACCUCCAGAACAGUCAUCACAAGUGAGACAAAAUGAUGACGGAGAUUUUAUCAGUAAUGCAGAAUUAUGUUGCUUAUUAAGCCCUUUCACUGUGGUAAUAAUUUCCCAUUUUCUAAAGUCCCCCAUUCGUUAAUUUUUUUCCAAUUAUCAGUGAUAACUGUGACUGGUGUAAAGAUUGUCACCUAUUGUUGUACCAUACAGUGUUGUCACCUGGAGAAAAAGGCCUAAAGAGGUUUUUCAGGUGUGAAUUCAGUGUGUUGCUAUGUGGUGGGUAAGGAAACAAACAAAAACUAAUUUUGAUGCAAUAAGGUUAAUUUACUAAGAUCCGAAGUGUGUUGUACUUAUUGAUACUUAUACAGUACAUUAAUGUGAUAAGAGUGCAGUAAGCAAGUGGCGUGUAACUAACGUACAGUACAAGCAAAUGUUUUAGUUCUUUCAUUAUCAUAUACUUUUGCUAAUGUGAGGCUCGCCACUUACUGUGCUAAUAGUUACUACAUAUUGUACAAUGUACUGCUGUGCUGUGCUGCUCACGAACCUUAACUUUCCUUUUCUCAUUACCAGAAGAACUCAGCCACAGAAUUUUUUAAUGAAAGGAACAUUAAUAAUUCUGAGUUUCUUAAUGCUUACCUGAUAUAGUUAACCCACAAGUACAAAACAAAAAAUUUGCAUAGCUUUGUAUGAUGUAAUGAGUCAGAAUUGAGUAAUGUGAAAGAUGACUUAGUGCUCUAUUAAGGUCACCAGGAUUGGUUAAUAUUGAUAAAGACUAAACACAUACAAAUAAUAUCUGUGCACUUGGCAGUUGAGGAACACUGCAGGAAGCCUUUAUGAAAAGACUACAGUAUAUUGUAUACAGUAUUGGUGUAUCUCUGAUGGCAUCCUCUGAUAAUUCACUAGACUUCAUUUUGCAAUUGUCCAAGAAAUAUCUAUUCACAGUAAGAAAUAAGUGUUAAUAUAUGCGCCAAAUAUCUUGGUGAGAGUCUAAAGUUUGAGUCAGGGAUCAUCACAGAAAAAAGAUUCAAAGAUGGAGAAAUACAUUGAGGUGUAUUAAUGCAGCAGCAAGUGUGACCAGGAUUACAAAAUCAGUCACACUUGUUACUCAACAAACACAUAACAGCUGGUGUCUGGUAAGUGUUGGUGUAGUUAUCAGCAGCAAACAGCAAAAAUACAUAAACCCAUUAUUCCAUAGAUUUUAUUAAUUUUAUAACUUGGUUGACAGGAUGAAAAUCUAGCAUAGCAUUCCCUCACACUAAACCCCUUUUGAUGAUAGUGUUGAAUAGAUGUUUGUUAGUGGCUGAAAAGGAUUUUGAAUUUACAUUGUAAAUAGAAUCUUUGUUGUUUCCUGUAAUUUUUUUAUGAAUGAUGGUUCCAGGUAGUGUGACCAUUAUAUAUGUACAGUAUGUCUUUAAACCUUAUUCUAAGAAGUAGAUGAGAGACAUCAACAGCACUUAACUAAAACUAAGGUCUGAGACACUUUGGUGAGGGGGCUCUGUUUACUGGUAACAGAUCCUUUAUAUCCUUUCAUCCAUUCCUCACCCAGUAUCCUUUUCAGUGUUUAUUAAUGCAAAGAAAAUGGAGGAUAUGUUCUUUAAGACCUGACCCCAAACCUUUCCAUAGAUAUAAAUCAUUAGAACUGGUCCCCCAUCCCAUCUUCUAGUAGCCGUCAGUUAAAUUGGUGUCGACGCUUGAGCUAUAAAUACAAUAAUAAGGUUUACAUUGUUUAUACCCAUCAGUGAAAACUAAAUAUUACCUCAAUAUCCACCUGGUAAAAGAAUAGCAAUGUCCCAGCUUUACAAAAUUUAAGUUAUUACAUGUGUUAUGUAUGCCCCUUCUAAUAAGACCCCCCUCCCCUAUGCCUCCCUUUAACUGUUUCUUUCUAGCCUUCUAUUUCAAUGGGUCAUAGCAGAGGAUCAAAGUUGGCCUGGUGAUGUACUGGAGUGUGUGUCUUUCUCUGCCUAAAUCUGAUGUUUCUGGUAUCUAUCAACUGUGACUCCUGAACUUAAACAUAAAUUUGGGGUUUUUCAGAAUUGAUAUGACACUGAGUUUUAGAUCCAAAGGCACACUAUAAAUAUCUUUUUCUUAAACACACACACACACACACCCACCCACCCCCACCCACCCCUACCCCCUAAAACAGCAUGAUACUAACUUUGACCUCUUGACAUGACCUUAAAACUACAUUAGACGACUUAUACCUGAUCCUUGCAAUUACAUAUUAUUACAUCUGGACUGUUCAUAACAUACAGUACCUGUUAAGUAGUCAAAUACUUUAGAGCAAUAAAAAUUCCAUCCAGUGAUAUGUAGUAGGGUUUGUACUUUUCAUUUGGAAAUAGAAAUUUAUCAAACUGAUUUUUGGAUACAGAGUCUUGGUUAGUAGCAAAGCCCCGUAAAAAGUUUUUAGAGAAAUAAAUCGCUCAUCUUUAGGAAAUGUGUAUCAAGUGUUGUGUAGAUUGUGGUGAGUGCCG